AUUAACACAGUCCUUCUGGAAUGUUCCUCAAGCAUGUGACCUUGGGGGAACUUGCUUUUUUUUUCUCCCCGUAUCAGAAUAUGACGUAGCGUAUGUCGCACUUGGCUUCACUGUAACCACGGUGGGAGACGAGGAAAGAGCAAACGGUGUUUCUGGUGCUGUGCGUGGACCGCAGAGGUGGAGAAGACAAUGUCAGAUAAGACUCAGAUGCCGAGUAGGGAGCGCGCCCUCGCGGGACGGGAGGAGAAAAUGUCCGUCGCAGACAAGCAUGCAGUCAACGGCAAUACCACCGUGCAGCCUUUUCCAGAAGGCACGGAGAUCAUCAUGUUCGGAAUGGGCUGUUUCUGGGGAGCUGAGAAACUUUUUUGGAAGCUUCCUGGGGUCUUCUCCACGCAGGUGGGCUUCGCCGGUGGCUUUACCCCCAAUCCCACCUAUCACGAGGUAUGCUCAGGGCUGACUGGACACACCGAGGUCGUGAGGGUGGUCUUCUAUACCAAAGACACAAGCCUGGAGGAGCUGCUUAAACACUUUUGGGAGAACCACGAUCCGACACAAGGUAUGAAGCAGCAUGCCGACAUCGGGACUCAGUACCGUUCUGUCAUUUAUGCAAGCAGUGCGGAUCAACUGGAGCCGGCAUUGAAGAGCAAAUUGGCCUACCAGAAGGAGCUUGAGGCAAAGGGUCUCGGCACCAUCACCACCGAAAUUCUGGAGGGGCAACAGUUCUUCUACGCCGAGGACUACCACCAGCAGUACCUGAAGAAGGUACCCAAUGGUUACUGCGGCCUUAAAGGCACUGGAAUCUCCUGUCCCUUUGGAGCCGGAAAAGAUGAUUAGUGGCGAUUGCUUCAUGGCUGAUACUUUCACCACUUUGUAUCAAUGAUUAAAGUAUAGCAUAGAAACAGGGACGAAUAAUGAUGAGUAAACGGGAGGUUUUGUAAUUAUAGAUCUGCUUGGAAUUAAUUGCCACUGAUCUUUUAGAGUUUAGUUUCAAUGCAGAAUUUCUGCAGCUUUCUCACCAAAUCGCCUUCUUUAUUCAAGCAAAAUAAAAUCAGGACUAAGUGCUAAAUCAAAUUCCAGUCAAGUUUAAAUCAUGUAGAGUACAGGUAUCAAACUCAAGGCCCGCGGGCCAGGUCUGGCCCUCCACUUCAUCUUAUAUGGCCCACAAAAGCCUGGAAAUAAUUUGUCAAUAAAAUACCUUAUAUUUUCUUUCUUUACUUUCUUAUUUUCUUACUAAAGGUAUUAGUAGAGAUGUCCUUAUCGGCCGAUAAAUGCUUUAAAAGGUAAUAUCGGAAAUUAUCGGUAUCGUUUUUUUAAAUUAUCGGUAUCGUUUUUUUGUUUGUUUUAUUAAAUCAACAUAAAAAACACAAGAUACACUUACAAUUAGUACACCAACCCAAAAAACCUCCCUCCCCCAUUUACACUCAUUCACACAAAAGGGUUGUUUCUUUCUGUUAUUAAUAUUCUGGUUCCUACAUUAUAUAUCAAUAUAUAUUAAUACAGUCUGCAAGGGAUACAGUCCGUAAGCACACAUGAUUGUGCGUGCUGCUGGUCCACUAACAGUACUAACCUUUAACAGUUAAUUUUACUCAUUUUCAUUAUGCUAGGUUCACACCAACGGCGC